GAAAGGGAGGCGUCCAUAUGGCGCCCACUUUCUUGUGUGGGUUUAGUUCACCCGUGGCUGUCCUGCCAGUCCUGCCCUUCUUUUGUCCCCGAGUAGGCACAGAGGAGUCCUUUCCUGGCAGUGCCUUUGCAGUCUGCGGAGAGGGAGACCCUGGGGGAGGCCUUGGCGGGGGCGGGGAGGGUGCUCCUUGGCCCUAAGAACUGGUGUCGGGAGUGCCUUCGCCAGGCGCUUUGUGAUUCCCUUAUCCAGUGCCUUUUCCGGGUGUCUGGGUGGUCCCUUAGGGUGUCUGGAAAUAGGAUUCGUGGGUCACACAGACAACACAAGCAUUGAAAAACGGGAACCCUUAAAUUUUUACUCGUCCUGGAGACAAGGAAUUUCCAAAAGUACAGCUUGCAGCUACAGUGAGGCCGAUAUUGCCUUGGCUAAGAAUGGCUAGAGAGUCGAGGGAAAGCACAGCCCUGGAUGACCACUCUGCAGACGACCAGAUGGGGCUUCUGGUCAUAAAGGUGGAGGAGGAAGAGGCCUCUGCCUUUGCAGAGGAAGCCAGUUUGCCCUGCAGCCCCGACCAGGGCAAGGAACACUGCCGCCAGCGCUUUCGUGCUUUCUGCUACCCUGAGACAGCAGGACCCAAAGAGGUGCUGAGCCAGCUCCGAGAGCUCUGCCGACAGUGGCUGAGGCCUGAGAUGCACAGCAAAGAGCAAAUCCUGGAGCUACUGGUGCUGGAGCAGUUCCUGACCAUCCUGCCCAGGGAACUGCAGAACUGGGUGCGGCAGCAGCAUCCAGAGAGUGGGGAGGAGGUGGUGGUACUGUUGGAGUAUUUGGAAAAGCAGCUGGAUGAGCCCACACUGCAGGUCCCAGGUGAUGACCAGGGGCAAGAAUUGCUCCGUUGCAAGGUGGCACUGUUGACACCAACCCUAGAGUCACAAAAUAGCCAAGUCCCUCCAGUGAAGGCUCUGCUCAAGUGUGAAUCUUUGCAAUGCCAGCCCUUACAAGAUAGAGUUGCCCAGGGAGACAGCUACAGAGAAGACACCGUGUUAGCUGCCAGGCUCACUCUAGAGUCCCGGGGGAUGCUGAAAACAGAAGAUGUGGACUUGACUCUGACCCCUGAGUGGACACAGGUGGAUUCAUCUCAGGUGAAUCUCUACAGAGAUGAAAGGCAGGAAAACUGUGACAGCCUGACUAACUUCUCCCAAGCUGGUGAAAUGCAGACUAAGAUUGGAGAUUUGCCUCUAGCUGAGGAACAUCCAGAACAAGAUCCUGGGAAGAUACCAUGCCACCAGGGUGAAGAUGUUGCCCAAAUGCCUACGUAUGCAGAAGCUAGUGAACAGGAGGCCAGAUUACACAGAAAGCAGAAAAAUGCCACAGGGAGUAGGCGACACAUUUGCCAUGAAUGUGGAAAAAGUUUUGCUCAAAGUUCAGGCCUGAGUAAGCACAGAAGAAUCCACACUGGAGAGAAGCCCUAUGAAUGUGAGGAGUGUGGCAAAGCCUUUGUUGGAAGCUCUGCCCUUGUCAUUCAUCAGAGAGUUCACACUGGUGAGAAGCCAUAUGAGUGUGAAAAAUGUGGCAAGGCCUUUAGUCACAGCUCAGACCUAAUCAAACACCAGAGAACUCACACUGGGGAGAAGCCCUAUGAGUGUGAUGACUGUGGAAAAACCUUCAGCCAGAGCUGCAGCCUCCUUGAACAUCACAGAAUUCAUACCGGGGAGAAGCCAUACCAGUGCAACAUGUGUGGCAAGGCCUUUAGGCGGAGUUCUCAUCUCCUGAGACAUCAGAGGAUCCACACUGGGGAAAGAAAUAUUCAGGAACCUGACUGGGAAGGUCAAGGUAGAAUGGAAAGCCAGUGGGAAAAUGUUGGAACUCCUGUGUCUUAUAAGUGUAAUGAAUGUGAAAGAAGUUUUACUCAGAAUACAGGCCUUAUUGAACAUCAAAAAAUUCAUACUGGGGAGAAACCCUAUCAGUGUGAUACAUGUGGAAAAGGCUUCACCCGAACUUCAUACCUUGUUCAACAUCAAAGAAGCCAUGUAGGAAAAAAAAUUCUGUCUUAGUGACCGGUGCUGUACAUACUAAAGUUGGAGUUCAUUUGUCAUUAAACUGAAGCCAGCCUGGAGCCCUUACUGGUUACAGAAGUUUGAGGCUGGGGUUUUAUUUACCAGUACAUCAUCAAGUAUUAGAAAAUAUAAUCUGGCUGAGAUACAUUAUCUUCUACAUUCCACUUAGUUUUUUCUAACAAGGUUAUUGGAACGAAACUUUAUUUAUAGGAAGCUAUGGGAGAGUUGUUUGGAAUUAAAUUGAUUUCCAAACUGGUUAAUUGCUCUCAGCAAGCACUUUAUGAUGUCUAUUUUUUUUUGGGGGGGGGGUGUGCAUGAUUGUGAUCUGGGGGCUUGCUUCCCUGACCAAUUCUUUUUUACUAUAAUGAAUCUUUGAUGCUUGGUCAGAUUGUGAGAUCUUACAUCCUUCUCUGAGCCUUGUACACAGGUGCUAAUAAACAUUUAUUAAAUGCACCAGUGAGAUUACCUACAUAGCUCUGAAAUCUGAUAUUGUCUAGAUUUCUAUGGAGCUUCACACUAAGGCCAUUUUGUGAUUGUAUCUAAAGAAUUGAUUCUGAGUCAAUAUAGUACAUUUUCUGCCAAGUACAUAGAAUUGGCGGAGCAGGGAUAAAGAUGGGAUUACCAUGAUAGAAUUUACAUUUCUUUACCUGACUAGGUAAGAAUGCCUUAAAUGGCUUAUUGUUGAAUCAUUGUGAAUAUUUGCCAUCUGUGAAAUUUUAUUCUUUAAUUUUUCUCUGAUGUUAAUUUUGCUACUCUUGUGGGAGAAAACUUUUCUGUUCAGGUAGUGUGAAAAUCUAGUUAUAAGGUCAGAAUAAAAUGAUAAUUUUUUUUCUUUUGGGUACUAGAAAUUGAACUCAGGGGCACUCCACCACUGAGCCACAUCCCCAGCCCUUUUUUGGUAUUUUAUUUAGAGACAGGGUCUCACUGAGUUACUUGGCGCUUAACCUUUGCUGAGGCUGGCUUUGAACUUGUGAUCUUCCUGCCUUAGCCUCCUGAGAUGCUGGGAUUACAGGCAUGCACUACCACGCUUGGCUAAAAAUGAUAAAUUUUUUAAGGCUUAGCUUCUUAGAUUUUGUCAAUUGUUUAUCUUGGGCCUAAAUCAAGAUCCCCUCAAAGCUAUAGAUAGAUAUACUAUACUGCCUUCUCUCCCUUCCAACACAUACUGUACAAUAAAUUGCAGAAAACUUAUCCCUCCUGAGGCAUUUCCUCCAGGUCAGUGGAUUUGCACCAGAUAUUUAAAACAUUCAUCACUUAUGGUUUCAGAACUCCAAUAUCAGUGUGCAACAGGCUUGGUCUUAUAUAUUUAUUCCCAACUGCAUAGUAGCAGCUCCUUAAUUAUUUAUGAUGAGAACUUUAACCGUAAGUUAUCUACUUGAUCAGGUUAUCUGCUUUUUCCUUAAACACACCUCAUAGAACAUUCCUUUUUCUUCUCAUGAUGGUCAAGGUUUCAGUAUUGUGAAUUUAAAUGAGAAAACUUUUUUAGUCAGCUCUAUAGUGGUAUUUACCAGGUGUAUUUUAAAUGGAGUUGUUUCUACAAAAGUAUUUCCAGAUGACUGGAGUCUUGCAAUUAUUUUGCUAGUGCAUCAUUUAUUAUAGAAACAUGCAUUCAUUACUGCAUUUAUUUACAUUUCUCACUUGGAUUCUGGCACCAACAAUCUCUAUAUCAGUCUAAGAUUCUGGAAUUCUUCAGAUACUGCAAGGUUUUCUAAUCAUCUUUUGCAAUUAAGAUUUGGGCAUUGUGAUACAUUCUCUUCUGCUAAGUGUAUUUUGUUCAUUAGGAAUUGAGUCAUUAUCCAAAAUCCUUUGCAGAUCCAUCCAGGUCUAUGUUUUUAUGUCAGUUUCUAAGACUUGGUACUUCAGGGUUUUCAGGGAUCUAACAGACACAAAUCUAAUAAGACCUAAUGUAAAUGAUUUGUAUUACAGAAAUAAACCAUAUUAACUUUGUUUGAUCUUUUUGGGUGGAGGGGAGUGUGGUACUGGAGAUUGAACCCAGUGUUUACUAGGCAUAUACUCUACCAAUAAGCUAUAUCCCCAGCCCAAUGAGUAACUUAUUAAAACAGUAAAAAUGCAUUAUAUGAGAUGGGUGUGGUGUUGCAAGUGUGUAAUCCCAGUAGCUCAGGAGUCUGAGGUAGAAAGAUCAUAAGUUCAAGGCCAGCCUGGGCACUUUAGAAGACCUGUCAAAAAAAUGAAAAAGGGUAGAGAUGUAGCUCAGUGAUAAAGUACCCUUGGUUCUGAUUGCCAGUAUCAGGGGGAAAAAAAUGCAUUGCAUGAUUUCCAGACUUCCUAGAUAUAUAUAAGGAUCUACAGAGAAAUAGAAUACAUGUAUGUGUAUAUCUAAUUGUGUAUGUUUAUUGUAACAAAUUGGAGACCCAGGUGAAUAAGCCAGUGGUGUGAGUUCCAGUCUGAAAACUGUUUCAGUUUGAAUAUGAAGGCUGAAAAGGACCAAUGUCCCAGGAUAUAAUUCAGUAGUAAAGCUCUUUCCUAGCAUACAAAGCCCUGGUUUCAAUCCCCAGUGCCUCAGAAAAAAUAAAUAAAAACUAAGAUAACUUUUCAACAUGUUCCCCACUUUCGAUUUCUAGUUCUUUUCAUUUGGCAGUCCUGGGAAAGAUGUUUGACAGCCUCAGGAUAGAGAAGACUGGCAUGAGGCUGAGAGACAAAUGACUGACUCAUCAUUAUCCAUUAUCCAGUGCAUCCUCAGCAUCUAGCAGAAUCUUGUUGAAUGAAUGAUUCUAAAUAUUGGCUAAUUCUAUUUGUUCUUUUGUAUUAACAAAAAAUUGCCUGGCACUUACUGCUAAAGACCAAAGUGUUCACAUUCCUAUUUCCAGAAAUAAAAAUUUUCCAUAUUUCUAAGCAA